AACUAUCUCAACCCAUUGCCUCUGAAUUCUCAACUUUGGACCACGCCUCUUCUAUCUGCUACAACUUCUUCAAUUUGACGAUCCUGGAAAUGACCUAAAAUGAUUCUGCCUCGAGAUGGCACAAAUGGACCCAAAUGCUAACCCAAAAUGACGAUGCCAGUACGAGGUUUAGCCUCGGCCCACUUUGCACAUAAUAGUUGCAGGGUUGGCAAAAGUUUACAUAAGCAUACCUUUGCCCCUCUUGGCCUCCUUUCAUCCUCCAUCGGCGAAGAAGCAAAAAGGAUGCUGGGUUCUUCAGUCCGUACAUUGCGGAGGCUAAGAUGUUGUAAUAACUCGUCGUCUUUGUUGUUGUUGGGGAGAGAUUGUUGUAGGAAUGGCAUCACCGUCAGUAAACGCAAAGUCCUUCCUUUAUGUUGCAAGGGUGAAAGCAGCAUUAGUAUUUUUGAUAUUGGUGAGAGACAGAGUAGCAUUCAGCGGUGGUACGUGGUUAGAAGCAAACGGUCUCUCCAUACAGAAACAGAUGCAUAUUUGGCAAUAGAGCUGGCAUUGGACUCUGUGGUGAAGAUCUUCACGGUUACCAGCAGCCCCAACUAUUUCCUUCCUUGGCAGAAUAAGUCACAACGCGAAACCAUGGGCUCAGGAUUUGUCAUUCCGGGAAAAAAGAUUCUUACAAAUGCUCAUGUGGUGGCUGAUCAUACAUUUGUACUUGUUAGAAAACACGGCUCUCCCACUAAAUAUAGAGCGGAGGUUCUAGCUGUUGGUCAUGAAUGUGACUUAGCUAUUCUUGUUGUGGAAAGCCAAGAGUUCUGGGAGGGUGUGAAUUUCUUGGAGCUCGGAGACAUUCCAUUUUUGCAAGAAGCUGUUGCUGUUGUUGGGUAUCCUCAAGGAGGGGACAACAUUUCUGUUACUAAAGGGGUUGUUUCUAGAGUUGAGCCUACACAAUAUGUACAUGGUGCUACCCAGCUGAUGGCAAUACAGAUAGAUGCAGCUAUAAACCCAGGGAAUAGUGGGGGCCCUGCAAUCAUGGGCAACAAAGUUGCUGGUGUAGCUUUCCAAAACCUUUCAGGUGCUGAAAAUAUAGGCUAUAUAAUUCCUGUUCCCGUAAUAAAGCAUUUUAUAGCUGGUGUAGAGGAAAGUGGAAAAUAUGUGGGAUUCUGCUCUAUGGGUCUCUCAUGCCAGCCUACAGAAAAUGUCCAGCUUCGUAAUCACUUCAAAAUGCAACCUCAGAUGACUGGUGUACUUGUGAGCAAAAUUAAUCCUUUGUCUGAUGCACACAGAGUUCUAAACAAGGAUGAUAUAAUCCUUGAAUUUGAUGGUGUGCCUAUAGCAAAUGAUGGAACUGUUCCUUUUCGAAACAGGGAGCGGAUAACAUUUGAUCAUUUGGUGUCUAUGAAGAAACCCAAUGAAACUGCUCUAGUUAAAGUCUUGAGAAAUGGUGAAGAGCAUGCUUUCACCAUCACCCUUCGACCUUUGCAGCCACUGGUUCCAGUUCAUCAAUUUGAUAAGCUUCCUAGUUAUUACAUUUUUGCUGGUCUGGUUUUUGUUCCACUAACCCAGCCAUACCUACAUGAGUAUGGGGAAGACUGGUAUAAUACGUCACCCCGUCGACUCUGUGAACGUGCUCUAAGAGAGCUGCCUAAACAGGCUGGGGAACAACUCGUAAUCCUGUCUCAGGUUUUGAUGGAUGAUAUCAAUGCGGGCUAUGAGCGUCUUGCUGAAUUACAGGUCAAGAAAGUCAAUGGAAUUGAAAUUCAAAAUCUAAAGCACUUGUGCCAGCUUGUAGAAAAUUGUAGCACAGAGAGCUUGAGGUUUGAUUUGGAUGAUGACAGGGUAGUUGCAUUAAAGUUUGAAUCAGCCAGAAUUGCUACUUCCAGAAUUCUAGAACGUCACAGAAUACCAUCCCGAAUGUCCAGCGACCUUGUAAGUGAACAGAACAACUUGGAAAUUGAUUAAGCCUGCUCAAGUGGAGCUUCAGUCGAACUUGCUGCCGAGACUGAGACAACACGGACAUUGAGUUGGCUUACUUCAAAAAUUUUGGUUCUGUAAUUCAUUUGUUGUUAAUUUAUAUACCUGUAACAAUUUAAUUACAAAACAGUGUAGGUAUAAUAUUUCAACACUUAUGGGACUAUAGUGGGAUUCGAGUUAUAGCUCUGGGAUUGCAAUUUUCUCAUGGAAGAAAUGCAGGUAUUUUAACUGAUAAUUUGCUGGUUGUUAUUCUUUUUAGUAAUAAGCAAACGAAGCGUCUGGUUCUAAUGAUG